GCUGUUACCGUCGUGGUCGUUUUCAUCACUGCCACCACCAUCGUGGUCGUCUCCACCACCGCCACCGUUGCCGUCGUGGUCGCCGUCGGCGUCGCCGCCACCGUUUCCGUCGCUGUCACUGUCGCUGUCAUCUUCGCCGUCGCCGUCGUGGUCAUCGUCGUCGUCGUUGUCGUUGUCGUCGUCGUCGUCAUCGUCAUCGUUGUCGUCGUCAUUGUCCUAUCGCCGUCUCCGGUGUAGCCAUAUUCUCGUGUGUGUUCUUGUACCGGCCCUGUAGGAGUACGCGCGCGCGCGCACCCUUUUCAUUCGGUGGAGGGGUGGCGUCGAUCUUUUCCUCAUCGAUAAGAAGAGAAAAAGGAAGAUCGGCAGAAGUGGCAGGGAAUAACGAGGAGGGCAAGUCACGUGUGUCUUUCUCGUGGUGUGUCAUGGGGUGCUUUGGCAGCCAGAGCAGUAAGGCCAGUCAGGAUGAUUCGAAGAACCAGAAGAGACGCUCGGAUGCCAUUACCAGGCAACUGCAGAAGGACAAGCAAGUUUAUCGAGCUACUCACAGGCUCCUCUUACUCGGAGCGGGAGAAUCUGGAAAAAGUACGAUCGUCAAACAGAUGAGGAUAUUGCAUGUCAACGGCUUCAGCGAAGCAGAGAAACGCCAGAAAAUCGAGGACAUUAAAAAGAACAUCAGAGAUGCGAUAUUGACGAUAACCAGUGCUAUGAGUACGUUACAACCACCCGUGACGUUAGAGGAUCCUGCGAAUCAGUGCAACGUCGACUAUGUCCUGAACGUCUCGUCUUCCCCGGAUUUUGAUUAUCCCGCGGAGUUUUACGAAAUCGUCGAAACGCUAUGGAAUGAUCGAGGCGUUCAGCAGAGUUUUGAGAGGAGUAACGAGUACCAACUCAUCGACUGCGCCAAAUAUUUUCUAGACAAAGUAGCUAUUGUAAAACAACCGGACUACACGCCAACGGAACAGGAUAUCCUGAGGUGUCGAGUUCUUACAUCCGGUAUUUUCGAAACCCGGUUUCAGGUGGACAAAGUAAACUUUCACAUGUUCGACGUUGGUGGACAACGCGACGAAAGGAGAAAAUGGAUACAAUGUUUCAAUGACGUAACGGCGAUCAUAUUUGUAACAGCAUGUAGUAGUUAUAAUAUGGUACUCAGGGAAGACCCGACGAAAUUGAGGCUCCGGGAAAGUCUCGAUCUCUUUAAAAGUAUUUGGAACAAUCGAUGGCUCCGCACAAUUUCCGUGAUUUUAUUUUUGAAUAAACAGGAUCUAUUAGCAGAGAAGAUAAAAGCGGGAAAACAUAAAUUGGAGGAUUAUUUUCCUGACUUUUCUCGUUAUCAAACGCCAGUCGAACCCGGCGUAGUCACAGAUCCCUCGGAACCUCCCGACGUUUUAAGGGCCAAGUACUUCAUCAGAGAUGAAUUUCUCCGUAUAAGCACAGCCAGCGGAGAUGGUAAACACUAUUGCUACCCACACUUCACCUGCGCCGUUGACACAGAAAAUAUCAAGAGAGUGUUCAACGAUUGUCGGGACAUCAUUCAGCGGAUGCACUUACGUCAAUACGAGCUCUUGUGACUUCAUUCCUGCCGACAUGUUGUCCGAUUGAGCUUUCGUCUCAUCGUUAUGCUCCUGCUGUCACCGCUGCACCAACUAUGCGAGCCCUUCUACAGCCCUUUUCAAGCCAUAUGAGAGAAGAAAAACUAUAGAUGUGGCCGCAAAGUCUCCUAUCGUUAAGGAUAUAUCCUCGUGCCACGCUAAAUAAUAUAGCGCGAACUGUAUCGGUAAAACGUACGAGUAAUAUGACCUCGUCAUCGUCGUUCGACCUCGUCGUCGUCGCACGCUAUUAAAUAUACACAUGCAACGUCGAGAGAAGAAAGAAAAAUAAACCUUCUCGUCGAGUAAGAAACAUUUUUUUCUCCGCUAUGGGACUUAUAUACCACGAUACUUUUUCCACAAAUGGAAUUUUUACGAUUCGUGGGGAAAAAUGACGGAUCUCCCUAUGCCGACGAAAGAAUACGGAGGAAAGAAUUCUUCUCCCUGCGAAAUCGUUCAACAAGCAAGCCCUGACACACAUAAUACGUCUACCACCACUUUCUUCUCCAUCUCCAAUUUUGCUAUUAUUUGUGUAAAUACUUGACACAGACACCUUACUCUUUCAUACAUUUGGCCAAUUUUCUUCUUCCUUUUUUCUGUUUUUUUCUUUCUUCUUUCCUCUUUUUUAGAUUCGAGGAGAGUGUGCUGUGAAUGACUGAGCGCCCUUACAACCGGCCGCAGAAAACUCGUGCAAUUCUAUUAUUAUUACCUCGUUAAUUUUAUUCAUAUUACGCAUCAAUUCGUUGAUAAGAGUAAAGAGAAGAUAAGUGAGGAUCAUAAUAUAUAUAUAUAUAUAUCCUUUAAAUUAUUUAUGUUUAUUACAAACUGCAUACGUUGUCCUGUGCAAAACGUAUGUUCUUCGUUAAAUACACUCUUUUUAUUUAAACGUCUUGGCUCGGCUUAGAUGGUUAGAACAUUUCUUAAAAUUUUGGCCGUAUCUCUCUUACACCCUUAUUCUCUCUCAUUCUCUAGGAUAUAUAUUCUUUUUUUAUGUAUAAAUGAAAAUCAAUCGAAUCCCUAAAAUCGUCGAAAUCUUACUUCCGUUUCGAAUUUCUACUUCUUUCUAUUGUUUUUUUGUUUACUCGUUUUUGAUGUUGCUUCUUAUGAUUCUAUCGAAAUCUCCCUGUAUCCCUGGCUAUUCGUUUUCUACUUCCGAAUUUCGACUAUUGAUCGCAUCAGUCCAACCCAUAGGAGUCUCAUCCAUACCUUGUUACGAGAGAAGUAUUUUGUGAAAUUUUACAGUAUUUCGAAGAGUGUUUUAAUUAUAUGUAUAAACUAUGUAUUGAAUAUGUACAGGGUGACCGUCCAUGAAUUCAUCUUUUUUAUCUAUGUUUCUUACGAUACAAGGAUUCCUCGUAUAUGUCAUUUUUUUUUUACUAAUUUCUGUCAGAUCGUUUGAUAACGUGUAUCUAGAUGCAUAACGAUACUAAUAUAACUAUUAUGCGUGUAUUCGAAUUAAUAGAAAAAUUGCACCGUCUUUAAGUUUCCUGUUAUACCAAUAUCAUAUUCUGAAUUUAGAAUGAGAGUACAUUUAAUGACGAGAGAAAAAAAUAGGAAAAAUGUUCGUUUUAAAUCUAAUUGUCGAGAGAGAAUAUGUUCGUUACCGUCCGGCGUAGCUUUUUUAAAAUAAGUUUCUUUUCAUUUACACAUUUAUUUGCUUCUUCUUUCUUUCUAUUAACUUUGAAAGGGUAGAAUAAUACGAGUCAAGUAUUCUCUCAUAAAACGCGACGAAAUUCGUGAUUUUAUUUUUAACACUUGGAACACCCUGUGUAUAUGGAAAGAAAUGAGCUUACUUUUCCCCUUAAUUUUGACUACAUACGUUUUUUUUUUUAAAUAUUGUGUUGUAAAAUUACAUACAGCUAAGGGUCUCCGUGUUAUUACAAAAAAAAUGAGCGACAUGAAAACCAUUAUACAUAAAGCAGUGACUUGACACGUUUAUAAACGUCGUUCUUAUUUCUUACACAUAAAGAUAAACGGCUGACACUGAAAAUGUUGAAAUAGCCCUCCAAGUGCUUUUCUUCUUCUUUUUAUUCUUUUUUACAUUUCUUUUUAAAUUUUCAGACACAAUGCGAUAGUAGUCUGUACAUUCUAUAUUUUACUUUACAGACCCAAACUUUAUCUCUAGUAUUUCUAGAAAAAGUUUCUCUGAUAUCAUACUAGUUGAUUCAUUUAUAAUCUCUUCGAGUGUUGUAGAACAUUCUUCCUUUUUAGCGCAAAAUCACUACACUGUAUCGAAUAUUCUUUUUAAUCAAUUAAUCCUAGUCCUUUAUUACGCACUAAAGUGGAAUUAAUAAAAGGGUAAAUCUCUUGAGCAUCGUAUAAGAGAUUUGUCGAAGUAUUUGUUAAAUUUCCUUUGAAAAUUCCUUCGCUUGCCUCUGAAAGAUCGUUCCAAGUUCUUUUUAGACUCGCGACUAAAAGAAUAGAGAAGAGACAGAAAUACAAAAAAAAAAAAAAGAAGGAAAAGGAAAGGAAGAUAAAUCCUAGUGUCGAACUGACGUAGUUCGUAGUACAAAAUAGAAUUUGUCGAUUAAUGAUAAAAAUGUUAAAACGGAUACCCUGUGCAUGUAUACUUGCCCACAUACAUAUAUACAUACAUCUACAUACAUCUACAUUAAAUGUAUUUUUGUGUAUCGAUAUUGAUGGGUGCGCUAAUACAUGUAUGUGUACCUAUCAUACUAAAUACAUUAAGAAACACAACUCAUAGUCCGUACUUUUAUUUAUAUCUCUGUGCGAAUCAUUAUUUUUAUUAUAUUUGUUAAGGUGGAUGAUGAUAAAAAAGUGCAAGAGAGUGCGUGAGUGCUUUAUUGAAGAGAAUAAGAGAGAAGAGUUUGUUUUAAAAAAAAUACAUAUUCUCCAUGAACUUCCAUCAUAUCUAAACAAACAAAUCUGUAUUUUACGUAUGCUUUGUUAGUAGCAUUGUCACAACACUAUAUUACAUAGUUAAUUGUUUAGAGACGUUGAAGAAAAAUCUUCUCUCUCUCUCUCUCUCUCUCUCUCUCUCUCUCUCUCUCUCUUUCUCUUUGUUUUUUUUAGCUAAGAGGCUAAGUAAUGUCCACGUAAAAUAAUCGAAUGCUAAAAAGAACGUAUAUAAGUUUGUCUUUCAUCAAGACGGGACUUUUUCUCUUUCUCUUUCUCUCUCUUUCUUUCUCUCUCUCUCUCUUUCUUUCUCUCUCUCUUUCUCUCUCAUUAAAUAUAAUCAUUGAUAGAAAAUUAGUACGUAUGUUAGAGAAACAAAUAAAAGGAAAAGAAAAAGAGAGAAAACGGAAAAACUACUAAGAGUAUGUAGUUGCACGUUAAUCAAUCGUCCGGGGUACCCGACCGCAACGCUAUAACAUAAAAAGAUACUUGAUAUUGCUUCAAAAGCUAAUAAGAAAAAAAAAGAAAAAAAAUACAUUUAUUAUAUGUAAUUAUGGUUGCGUGUGCGUGUACGUAAGCGAAUCCGACAAAUACCGAAUUAGUAGCCAAUUUAUGUAUGUGGUCCCAAGAUUAAUAAUACCAAUGUAUAUUAUAUAUACGCAGAUCGCACAAUUUUGUUAUUUUCUUCUAUUACUAUCAUAUACGUACAGUGAAAUGAUUAUGUGAAUAUGUGAGUAUAUUUACCGUGGUGCAAGCAAUUUUUAUUUGUAAAUACAAAGAUCACGGAUUCGUAUUAGAUAUUAAAAAAAAAUAAUAUAAAUUUAUGUAUACAAUAUACGUAUAAUAUAUAUUCGUUUGCUCCGAAGAAGCAAACCGAGUUAGGGAGAAGAGGAAAAAACAUGUUUCCUGUAAUCCUAAGAUUAUUAUUGUAUGCUGUGCGUGUAUAAAGUGUACCGAUAAUUUCCGUGUAUCGUUUGCAGGCACACCAAACAAACGCAUAUACUCGACACUUGUAAAAACAUACACUAUAUGCUAUACGAUUCCAUACGAAUGCGCACAUGUCACAUACAAAUACAAGCGUGCAAGAAAACGUUUUAAAGAAAUAGCAUGAAAACGAACUUGCGUCAGGAUUGCGUUAAAAAGAAAAUCAGCGAUUUAAUCUAAAAAAUGUAGUAGGAAUGUUUAUCUUCUUAAAGUAAAGUGUGUAACUUGUUCCUCACGAACGUGCUUGCCAUCUCUAAAAAACAAAUUGUAAAAGAGUCAUUCUUAAUGUCAUUUGCAAGCUAUUCUCCUUCGUUUUGUCAAGCUUUUUUGCUAUCGAUUUGCUUUGCAAGCCUCCUUGCUCUUCAUUUAUUAUUAACUUUAAAGGACUAAAGUAAAGAUAUAGGCUGAUUGGAA